UCUUCUCAUCUCACUUGUCAGUUGCUGCUCAGACAGAUACACAGCAAACAGCUCAUCUGUUUUCUUUUCUCUGUUUAUAACUGUUCGCUGUUUGCCUUAAUUGUUUUUUUGUCACUGGUGAAGCACCCAAGGGGACCAUGUCUGCCUUUGGAUACAGGAGAGAGAUCAGUAAAUAUGAAGAUAUUGAUGAAGAUGAGCUACUGGCUUCACUCUCACCAGAAGAGCUCCAGGAAUUGGAGAGAGAAUUGGAGGACAUUGAACCUAAUCACAAUCUGCCAGUUGGAAUGAGGCAAAAAAGUUUGACCGAAAAAUCUCCAACAGUCAAUUUCAGCAGAGAAGCCCUAAUGGCUUAUUGGGAAAAAGAGACCAAAAAGCUGAUGGAGAAGGAAAUUGGCUCAUGUGUUGAGAAUGCCAGGGAGGAGGAAGAAGAGGAAAGUGAAGAGGAUGAUUUUGUUGGGAGCAACAGUGAGAUAUCUGAGGAAAUAUAUACAGAAGAAGAUGAAGAAGAGGAGGAGGAGGACACUGAAGGAGGAGAAGCAAAGGAGGCGAAGGAUACUGAAAGAGAAGAUGAAGAGAAGGACAUUGAAAUAGAAGAAGAAGAAGAAGAAGAAGAAGAUGAAGAGAGGGACAGUGAAGGAGAAAAAGAAGUUGAGAGUGAAACAGAAAAUGUAAAAGAAGAGGUUAUGUGUACCAAAAACAAAGAGCGUCAAGCCAUAAAAAUAACCCUUCAGACACCUACUAUAAAAUGUAACAGUGUUACUGUUGAUAAUCCCACCUGCAAUGGCUUCACUAUAAGCAGUGGCAAAUAUAGCAAGCAAGCAGAUGAGUCAUUAAACCAUAAGGCACCUACAAACCUUGCCUUCUCAAAUCCAACGGUCAUUGAGGACGCUCUUGAAAGUAUCAAAAUAAAUGAUCCAGAGACUUAUGAAGUUAACCUAAAUAAUAUGGAGAAUGCUACAGGUGAUACAUUGAUGGAAUUCACAGAGGCUCUGAAAAAUAACACUAAUGUUAGAGUAUUUAGUUUAGCAAACACUCAUGCUGAUGACAACGUUGCAAUAGCUAUUUCUAAUAUGUUGAGAAUUAAUAGAAGUAUUACAUGUCUAAACAUAGAAUCAAACUUUAUAACAGGGAAGGGGAUAUUAGCUAUCAUGAGAGCUCUUCAGUAUUCCAACAGUGUACUGACUGAACUAAGGUUUCAUAAUCAAAGACACAUCAUGGGAAGUCAGGUAGAAAUGGAAAUAGUGAAAUUACUGAAAGACAACACAAGUAUUGUCAAGUUAGGUUAUCACUUUGAGCUUCCAGGACCACGUAUGUCCAUGACAAGCAUCCUUACUAGAAAUAUGGAUAAGCAGAGACAGAAGAGAAUGCAGGAACAAAAGGAAUCUGGUUAUGAUCCAACAUUAAAUCUGAGGGCCAAGACCUUGCAGAAAGGAACUCCAGGGUCCUCUCCAUAUCCUUCACCUAGAAGUUCACCAUGGUCAUCUCCAAAAGUUACUAGAAAAGUACAGCCUGUAGCCACCUUACCUCCUCCUCCUCCACCACCACCACCUCCACCUCCACCACCUCCUCCACCAUCUGCCCCUCCACUUCUUUCACUAAUUCAGGAAAAAAAGGUUCCAACACGGAAUAUUGCUGAAGUUAUUAAACAACAUGAGAGAUGUGCAAAAAAAAUACAAAAUGGACAGAGUAAGACAAAAGGAAAAAGAAGUAAAAAAGAACAAAAUAACAUAUUGAAAGAAAUAAAAAAUUCAUUAAGAUCAAUUUCAGACAAAAACGUGGAUGAGGGUUCGAGACCAUCUACACCACUAAGAUCUGCUCAUGAUGAUCUUAUGGAAGCUAUCAGAGGCAGCAGUUUAAAGCAUUUGAAGAAGGUGGAAGUCCCAAAAUCACUCCGAUAAUUCCGACAUCUGUAGAAAAGUUGGGGAAAAAGCGUUUCUAAGUUACAGUACAGUACCUGCAGUUUAGGAAAUAUUUUAAGUUAGCAAAGUGCACUCCUGCAUUUGAAACAUACGUUUUACUCAUUUUAUGCAACUAUGAAGAGAAAAACAUUAUAUGUAAAUACUGAAUAACUUUUCUUUUUUUAAAUAUUUCAUUUUUUUGUUAUUGUAGAAUAAAUGUAUAUUUAUCUAUGCUGGAACAUGAUCACGAGCCUUGUGUUUUGCACUAAAAUGUUUUCUUUCUUUUGCUUGUUUUUUUAAAAGAAUAUCUAAUAAUAAAAAUUGUAUCCUUCCAUGGGAAUAUUAUUUUCUAAACAAGAAGCACUGAUGAAUAAUAAAUGUACAUUAAUUAUAAAUGAAAGGAACCACAACAUGUUAUUAGCAUUUAGUUGAAUGUGUAACAUGAAGCAAAUUAGUGUUUUAUGUACUUUGAUUUUGCCACUGAUUUCUAAAAUAUAAAAUAGUUGUAGACAUUCUAGCUGUUUUGUGCUACGUUGUGGUGGUACAAAUUGAAAACAUUAAUUACAUUUCCUUCCACAGUAGCAGAAAAGGUUAAACGGUGAACGUUUUUUGUACAUUUAUUUAUUUCCCUGAAGUGCCUGGACCUGUAUAUGUCACUUGUUGUGUAUGGAUUAGUUUAUGGUGGAGGCUGAACGUAUCCUCCCAGACACUGGGGGUCAUUCCGAGUUGAUCGUAGCUGUGCUAAAUUUAGCACAGCUACGAUCAUCUUCCCUGACAUGCGGGGGGACGCCCAGCUCAGGGCUAGUCCGCCCUGCGUGUCAGUGCCGGGAGUUGUUCGUCGCUGCCGCUGGCCCCAGCGGUUGCGUGAGACGUCACGCAGCCCCCACGGCCCCCCCCCCCAACGGUCCAGCCACGCCUGUGUUGGCCGGACCGCGCCCCCUAAAUGGCGGCUUAAUGCUGCCAUCCCGCCCCCUCCCACCCAGCGACCGCCUCUGUCUCAGAGGCGAUCGCUAGGCAACGAUGACUGCCAUGCGCCGUCGCACUGCGGCGCCGGCACAAGCGCAGUGCCAACCCGAUCGCUGCGCUGCGACAAACUGCAGUGAGCGAUCGGGUCGGAAUGACCCCCACAGUACGGGUUGAUUGGCUGCUAAUGAGCGCACCUACUGACUUUCUUUCACUUGUUUUCCUUUGUUACAUUUCCGUCCAUUGCCUGAAAUAUUACUGCUUGAUAACUCAUUAUAGAUAAAACAUUUACCUGCCACUAGUAGUGUUAUCAGUGUACAGUAUACAUUCUGGGUAAUAGUUUCAUUUGUGGUGAGUAACUAACACUCUGUGGUUCUAUAUUACAUCGGUAACUUAAUGAUAGACCCUGUCCUGUCAUUUGCGUUUUGUCUCUAUUGGAGUAAGUUUUGCAUUCUCUGCAAAAGCUUUUUUUUCUGCCAAUAAAUCCUAUUUAAUAAAAGACUAAAGGCCCAUACACACUUGCUGAUAAAAUGAGCAACGUCGCUCAUUUUCCCCCUCCCUAAGCAACGUCGCUCAUUUUAUUGGCAAGUGUGUAUGCCGCCAGCGACGACCGAUGCGCGGCCCCACGGGUCGGCAAUGAUCGUUGCUGUUGGUAGUGCAUGCAUGCAGGAUCUGGACUGUCGUCCAGGACCUGCAUGCAUGGCUGGCGGAGGCGUGAUAUCACUGAGCGAUAUGAGCAGUCAUAUCGCUCAGUGUGUACAGUCGGCCGCCGACCGGCCGGCCCGGGAGGUGAAACAUUAGACGACGUCGCUCAUAGAGCGAUAUCGUCUAAUGUGUACGGACCUUUACGCUGCUCCUCACAUCUGGGGGGAAAAUGCAAGUGUUUUGUGCGCCACCGGUGCCUGACAGAGCAAUUCAAGUGUUGCCCUGUUCAGGCGUGCACAGCCGCCAGCGAUGAGGUUACUGUUAUAUUGUUCCAUCACUUUGACAGGCUGGGAAAUAGUAUAAAUAUAAAAAGACAGCUUCAAAAAGCACUCUGCAGCUAACCACUGCACUUACAGAAACAGCCGUCAUUUCCAAUAAAUAGUAACAAUAAAAAAUGCUGUUUAGUUGC